AUGUCUACAUUUAAUGCUAAAGAGUUUUGUGAGAAUCCUACACUUGAACAAUUAGCCGAAUCUAUUAAGAAAGAUGAUUGGCGCUUUAUUGCUCAGUACUUCUCGGUACCUCAUUCAGGUUCAGCAACUAAGAAGGUAAUUAAGGAACUAGUAAUAGAUAACCUAAUUCAAAAAGAAUUACUUCCCCCUGAAGCCAUUGAUUAUUUAAACCCUCAAGAUCCCGAGCUGCUUGAAGUUAGAGACAUUUCUAUUCUGUCUGAGCAGAAAGAGGAGUCUUGGUCCUCUGCUCGACUAGAGUUUGAAAAGUAUGCUUUAGAUUUAAAACUAGAGGUAGAAAGACAAAAAUUAGAAGAAAGGGCAAGAGACAGAGAAAUAGAAAUGGCUAAACUUAAAUUAGAAGAAAGGAAACUAGAAGCUAAAUUAAAUGGCACAAGUGAUAAUGAUUCUGUAAUUAAUGAAUCGUUUAAUUUAACUAAGAAUUUACCCCUUGUUCCUUCAUUUCUUGAAAAUGAUCCUGAUGGCUCAUUCCGUAACUUUGAGAAAACUGCUGAACACUUUAAAUGGCCCUAUACUGAGUGGACUUGGCUUCUCCAACCUAAAUUAAGCGGUAAAGCUGCCAUCACCUUUUCAAAUCUUGAUUGCAUUGAUGAUUAUGAAUCUGUAAAACAGUCUAUUCUUGAUGCUUAUGCAAUCACACCUGACGGCUACAGACAAAAGUUUCGAAGUCUUACUAAGUCUCCUCAUAGUACCUUUGCUGAAUUUUUUACUGAGAAAGCUAGAUUGUUUAACAAAUGGCUAGAUUCAACUUCCACUAAAUCUUUCUCACAAUUAAAAGAUCUUCUUAUUUUAGAGGAAGUAAAAAGAAAGUUACCCUUCGAUAUUCUUAAGCAUAUAGAGGAGAGGGGUGAAACAGAUCUCCUUAAAGCAGCACAAAUAGCAGAUUCAUUUGCGCUUUUGAAAAGGUCACAGCUGGGUAAGGUAGACAAGGUCAGAUUUUAUGUACAGUCCUCCUCUGGUGAAAACCUUGGGGCUAAUGGUGGUAAAGCUGGCAAAAUUACUCCAUUAAACUUUUGUUCUUAUUGCAAGCGAGCAGGUCAUACCAUAGACAAGUGCAAAGACCCAAAGUGUAGAAAGUCUGGCAUAAAUGUAAGACCAUUCAUAAAUCCAAGUAUUCAAGCUUUUGAACCAAAGCCAGUGUCAAGUGUUACAAAUGUAAACUCUCCAGAUCCAUUCAGUGAUUUUAAAUAUCGGGGAACUGUCUCUCUUGAUUCAAUGAGUAAAUCAUAUCCCAUACUCAUUCUUAGGGAUACUGGAGCUGCUCAAAGUAUAAUUCUUAGGUCUGCUUUACCUGGAAUUGAGACAAAAUAUACAGGUGAAAAAGUUCUUGUUAAAGACUUAACUUCAAAGAUUAGUUAUAAACUAGCAAAUAUUUUUCUCAGUUCUGAUUUUGUAUCAGGUGAAGUAAAGAUAGCUGUGACAGAAAAGGCUUUUCCUAUAAAGGGAAUAAGUUUAAUUCUGGGACAUGAUCUAGCAGGGAAAUUAGUGUACCCUACAGUUAAUGUUGUUGCUAAGCCUUUACCCUAUAGCCCAACUAAAGAACUGGAUCAGAAACAACCUCAUAUUUUCCCUGUAUGUGCUGUUACUCGUUCUCAGAAGCUAAAUAAAUCCCCUAUAGAAAAACAGAAUCCAGUUGAUAAACUGAUCUCUCAAGAGAUCACCCGAAUUAAAUUAACUGCAGCUCAGAACGAUGAUCCCUCUCUUGCUAAGUGCAGACAUGUUGCUUCAGACAGCCUUAAAGAUCACAAGGUCCCUGGUUUUUAUUAUCAUGACGGACUAUUAAUGAGAGUAUUCCGCCCUCCUGAACUCCGUGCUUUAGAUACAUGGUCAGAAGUACAUCAAGUCGUAAUUCCUUUGUCAAUUCGGGAAUCAGUCAUGAAACUUGCACAUGAUGGUUUAGCAGGUCACUUAGGUAUUCAAAAAACCUACAAGAAAGUACUUCAACAUUUCUAUUGGCCAGGUAUGAAGAAAGAUAUUACAAUGUUUAUCAGGUCAUGUCAUGUGUGUCAAGUUGGAGGAAAGCCUAAUCAAAUAAUUCCAAAAGCUCCUCUACAUCCUAUUCAAGUAGUCUCAGAUCCAUUCGAAAGAAUCGUAAUUGACUGUGUAGGACCACUGCCUAAAACAAAGAAAGGGAACCAGUAUCUCUUUACAAUUAUGGAUACUGCUACAAGAUAUCCAGAGGUUUACCCUUUAAAGAAUAUUUCUGCUAGUUCCAUUGUAAAAUGUCUACUUCAUUUUUUCACUUCAUUUGGAAUCCCUAAAGAGAUUCAAUGUGAUAAAGGCAGUAAUUUCACAAGUGACUUGUUUCAAAAAGUCUUAGAACUGUUAGGUAUCUCGCAACAGAUGUCAACAGCUUACCAUCCCCAGUCACAAGGUUGCCUUGAGAGAUUUCACCAGACCUUAAAAUCUAUGCUUAAAAAGUAUUGCUUAGAAACAGGGAAUUCCUGGGAUGAGAACAUUCAUUUUCUUCUGUUUGCCCUGAGGGAAUGUCCACAAGAAUCACUUGGAUACUCUCCAUUUGAAUUACUAUAUGGAAGACAGAUUAGAGGUCCACUUAAAGUUCUUAAAGAUCAGUGGUUUUCAGACUCUUCAACUCUCCCUAAUCAAACCGUGGCAUCUUACAUAGAUAAUCUUAGAGCUAAGUUAUCAGAGGCAAGGAAAUUGGCUCUCUCUAAUCUUAAUAACGCCCAAAUCAGAAUGAAGUUUUCUCAUGAUUUAAAAUCUCAAAUUCGAGAAUUCUCUCCUGGAGAUAAGGUUUUACUUUUCCUUCCUAUCCCAGGAAACCCUCUAAAGAGUAAAUUCACUGGGCCUUAUGUUGUUUCCCAUAAAGUUUCUAAUUACAAUUAUGUAGUUCAAACUCCUGAUAGACGUAAAGAUACCCAGUUGGUACAUAUCAACUUAAUCAAGUCCUAUAUUGACAGGCAGCCAAAGGAGGACUUAGCCAAAGGCAAAUCUAUUGCAUGUAUGAUUCCUCAGGAAUCUUCCAUAACUUCUAUGUCUAAUGAGUAA